CAUUUACUUUACAUUGCUACGCAAUAUGUUGGCGCUAUAUAAAUACAUGUUAAUAAUAUCCAGGGAGGAUUAAGAUCACACUAGUUAUUGUGAGUGGAGCGGCCAUACUCCCUCCCUCCUCUCACUCACCUCUUUUCUAGUGUAACAAUACAAAUAUUUCUGAGCCUGAUACUCCCCCUAUUCAGGAACUGAGAGGGUUAACUCCCAGGAGUACAAAGUGCUGUUUGUCUUUGAUAAAAGGGAACUUUCAGUUUCUUUUCUUGUUCAGUUGCUGUUCCUGCUCUCAGUGAUGGCGUCGGCUGCUGAUCUGAGAGACGAGCUGAGCUGCUCCAUCUGCCUGAGCAUUUAUACUGAUCCUGUAUCCCUGCCGUGUUCCCAUAACUACUGCCGGGGCUGUAUUGGGACAACAUGGGACAUCCAGGAGGGAUCUGGGGCUUAUUCCUGCCCUGAAUGCAGACAGAAGUUUAAGGAGCGCCCCGCCCUGCCCAGGAACAGAACUCUGAGGAACAUAGCAGAGCGAUUCCUUUCUGAUCAGCCGAAGCCGUGGGAGACUGGGAUUCCCUGGAAAUGCUCCGUCCAUGAUGAACCCCUGAAAUAUUACUGCUGGGAGGAGUCUGUCUGUGUCUGUGUGUAUUGCUGGGUGUCUGAGGAGCACAGGGGCCACAGGGUGGAGCUGCUGAGUGAGGCCUCUGAGAAGAAGAAAGAGACACUGAGGAAAGUUCUGGAGAAACUGAGGCCAGAGAGAGAAGAGACUGAGAGAGGAGCCCAGAGACUGCAGGAGCGCAGGAGAGAAGUGGCAGAAAAAGCAGCCGGUGAGACAGAGAGAGUCACUGCCCUGUUUAGAGACAUCAGGGAACAGCUGGAAGCCCUAGAGAAGAGACUCCUGAGUGACAUCUCCAGCCAGAAAGAGAAGCUCUCACUCACACUCACUGAUCUGAUGGAGCAGCUGGAAAUAAAGAAGGACAAGCUGUCCAGGAAGAUCCGUCACAUUGAGGAGCUGUGCAACAUGGCAGAUCCACUCACUGUCCUACAGGAACGGGAAUCACAUGGAGCUGCAGAUAAUGAGGGGGGCAGAGAUGAUAUAAAGGUCCCUGCUGUAGGGGAUCUGGAUGUGGAUCUGAUCUCAGAGACAUUACUCACAGGCUUAGCUGCCAUUGUGACUCGGGUAAAGGGAAGGACACUGAUCUAUGGGCAGGAGGCUACAGACCUGUUACUGGAUAUAAACACGGCUCAUAAUAAUGUAUCUGUAUCAGGGGACAGGAAAUCUGCUUCCUACUCACUAACAGAACUACAUUACCCACAAUCCCCAGAGAGAUUUCAGGUUCCUCAGACUUUAAGCAGCAGGAGUUUCCCCUCAGGGCGACAUUACUGGGAAGUGGAGGGAAGUGAAUCAGGGGACUGGGGGGUAGGGGUGGCCUAUCCCAGUAUAGAGAGGAGAGGGGGUCAGUCCUGGAUUGGGCAGAAUAACAAGUCCUGGUGUUUGUACAGAAGGAUUACUAACAGAUAUUCAGUGAUACAUGACCGUAAAUGGAUAAAGUUACCCCACGUCUCUUCCUGCAGGAGAAUCAGGAUCUCAUUGGACUAUGAGGCCGGACGUGUGUCCUUUUAUGAGCUGAGUGAGCCAAUCAGACACUUACACACCUUCACUGCCACAUUCACUGAGCCCCUCCAUGCUGCAUUCUGGGUAGGGUGGGAUGGUGUCUGGGUGAGAAUCAUUAGUUAGGGCACAGGCCACUGUAGAUUUAGAAGUAAAAUCACAUUCCUCUCGUGCUCAUUUAGUGGCCACGUCCCUAUAUCACGGCCCUUUUUAUAAAGUUUGUCAGGAAAGUCUGAACACAUUUCUGGACAGAAACAGAACUAGAGGGGGGCGGGCCCUGGCACAGGAAGCACAGCCGGGCCCCCGCCCCCCUCCAUAAACCCGGAACUGGCCGGGAUAUGCGCAGCGCAAGGACUGCCGGGGGGGCCUUGAGGGGGUGCGGGCCCUGGCCCGCUCACACCCCCUGCUCCCCCAGUAGUUCCGCCCCUGUUUCUGGAUUUUUAGGGCCAUGUUUUAUGUGUUAUUACAGAUUACAGAAGAGACCUCUCCCAAGAGACCUGCUGAUCUUAUUAGUUACAAUUGUAUCUCAGUGCAGGUGCUGAGUAUUCUGGGAUCUGACAAAGGUCUCCUUAUCUCAUUCAGUUUGUGAAACGUUACUUUUCCUGCUCAUUCAGUGUCAGGGAUCAAAGAGAAAUGUGAGAUGUGAAUAAGAAUUUGGGACUAUGGGCUGAGCUGUCACAACCAGAACUGUCCUGUGAAUGUACAAUAUACAAUAUCUGUGUUAUACAAUAUUCUGUGGGUAUGGGGGGGGGGGCAGAUUAUAUUAGAGACAAGAAGCCAAAUACAUUAAUCCCAUAUUAACCCUGGGGCACAGCUCUUAUGUGAGGGGAUUAUCCCAAGAUUUUACUGAAGUUAUACACUGAUCAUGUGACUAAAGAGUAUACGGCCAGACAAUUAGUUUGGCAGUGACAGUAUUAAUUAGCCCCACCCAUUUCCCGCAAGGUCACACCCACUGAUAUUUCCUACAGGGAAUGGCACAUGGGGGAGUGAGAGGACUGUGCCAGUCACAUGAUUAACAGCUCAGUUGGUGCAGCAAAUGGCUCAGUUGCCCCUGAGUAGUGAGCCCAGGACUGAUUCACUGGUCACUAAGGCAAUUAUCCAUGAUCUCCCUCUAACUGAUCUCACCACUGUGUGUGUAUAAAUAAAAUAGGUCGGGAUUUUAGCAAAUAAUGUGCCUGAGACUUUGUGACUCUUUUCUUCUUACUGUAUGGGAGGGGCUUGUGUUUGUUGUAUGGAAUAUGCUGCAUUGUGAUUGGCUUAUAUCAGUGAUAUUCACAUCACUCAGGUGACACCCCUACUUAUCUGCAGCACAGAUCAGAUGGGGGGGCUGUUCUAUUGCAGCUCUAUGGGAAAACUGCCUGUUGUUUGAUACAGGUGAGAACUGGGACUGCUAAUAAUAAUCUAUAAACCUAAUUAUGAAUACAUUAUUGUAUUAUUGUAUUUUAAUCUGCUGAGAGAGCUACAAUUUAUAUCCUGUAAAUAAUCUGAUGGCUAAAGGCAACACAAUCCCUAUAAUAAAGUUUUUACAUAU